AUUUAGAAAAAAAAUCAUUAACUUAACACAACUCAUUAUCCUUCAAACAAUCAUACCGCAGGAAUCUAUCUGUUGUUUCUCAGAGCUGAGAGAGAGAGAGAUAGCUCAAUAAUUCACCCACCAUUCCUGCUUCUUCCUCCCAUGGUUUCCCACCGAAGAUGCCUUCUUAUCCCAGCUUUCACUCCCCCUUCCUCAGCUGGUUUUGCACGAGAGAAAAAUCAGUUGAAAAAGGCGAAGACAAAUAUUAUAAUGACGACGAAAACCAGGCCGGAUUCUUGUCAACGGCGGAGUGCUAUGCCUGCACGCAAGUUGGGGUUCCGGUUUUCCACUCAACCAGUUGCGACAACGCGAACCAGCCGGAAUGGGAGGCUUCUGCCGGUUCAUCCCUAAUUCCCAUUAAAAACAAGCCCGGUUCGUCCCUCAAUGUCCGGUCUUGGACCGGCCAGCGCCGGUCUGGACCCCGUACGUUCGCGCGUGUGAUGGACCCUCGUAGCAAGCGCGUGCAGAGGUGGAACCGGGCGUUCCUGCUGGCGCGUGGCAUGGCGUUGGCCAUUGAUCCUCUCUUCUUCUACGCUCUAUCCAUCGGCCGCGAUGGCUCGCCUUCCAUUUACAUGGACGGCGGCCUGGCGGCGAUUGUCACCGUCCUCCGCACGUGCGUCGACGCCGUCCAUAUCUGCCACCUGUGGCUGCAGUUCCGGCUUGCUUACGUGUCCAGAGAGUCGCUCGUGGUGGGCUGCGGGAAACUCGUUUGGGACGCGCGUGCGGUUGCCAAACACUACCUCCGCUCGCUCGACGGCUUCUGGUUCGACCUUUUUGUGAUUCUCCCUAUCCCCCAGGUAAUGUUUUGGUUGGUGGUACCAAAAUUGAUAAGAGAUGAGCAGGUGAAGCUCAUGAUGACAAUUCUUCUACUCGUCUUUUUGUUUCAAUUCCUUCCAAGAGUCUACCACAGCAUAUCCUUGAUGAGAAGAAUGCAGAAGGUCACUGGAUACAUUUUUGGAACCAUUUGGUGGGGUUUUGGCCUCAAUCUCAUAGCCUACUUCAUUGCUUCCCAUGUAGCUGGGGGAUGUUGGUAUGUACUUGCAAUUCAACGGGUAUCUACGUGCCUUGACAAACAAUGUGGUGGGAAAAGCGCAUGCCAUACCCCCCUGUCUUGCUUAGAUGUGAAUGGCACUUUUGGUUAUGGGAUAUACAACUGUGCUCUUCCCAUAGUCUCUAGCCAAUCUGUUGCUGUAAAGAUUCUUUAUCCUAUCUUCUGGGGGCUUAUGUCUCUUAGCACAUUUGGGAAUGACUUGGAACCAACAAGCAACUGGUUGGAAGUUAUAUUUAGCAUUUGUAUUGUUCUUAGCGGUUUAAUGUUGUUCACUCUCUUGAUUGGAAAUAUUCAAGUUUUUCUGCAUGCCGUGAUGGCGAAGAAGAGAAAAAUGCAACUCAGGUGCAGAGAUAUGGAAUGGUGGAUGAAGAGAAGACAACUUCCAUCGAAAUUGAGACAGAGAGUGCGCCAUUUUGAACGACAACGGUGGGCUUCCAUGGGCGGAGAAGACGAGAUGGAGUUGAUUAGUGACUUGCCAGAAGGUCUUCGUCGAGACAUAAAACGAUUUUUAUGCCUUGAUCUCAUAAAGAAGGUUCCUCUAUUCCACAGUUUGGAUGACCUCAUCCUGGACAACAUUUGUGACCGCAUUAAGCCUCUAGUGUUCUCGAAAGAUGAGAAGAUAAUAAGAGAAGGAGAUCCAGUGCAACGGAUGGUGUUCAUAGUCCGAGGACGUGUCAGAAGCAGCCAAAAUUUAAGCAAAGGAAAGGUAGCCACAAGCAUUCUUGAACCAGGAGGCUUCUUAGGCGAUGAACUUCUUUCAUGGUGUCUCCGACGUCCCUUCAUGGAUAGGCUCCCGACGUCUUCUGCCACAUUUACAUGCAUCGAGUCAAUCGAAGCAUUUGGCCUAGAUGCUGACCAUAUCCGCUUCAUCACUGACCACUUCAGGUACAAGUUUGCAAAUGAGAAGCUCAAGUGGACAACAAGGUACUAUUCUGCGAAUUGGAGAACUUGGGCAACCGUUAACAUUCAGUUGGCUUGGCGACGUUAUAGGAUGAGGACAAGAGGUCAACUAAUGAAUAAUGUAUUGGAAAUCGGAGAAAACAAUGAUCUACGCCUCCGACAGUAUGCUGCAAUGUUCUUAUCAAUCAGGCCUCAUGAUCACCUUGAGUAGCACCCUAUUAUAACAUAUGUGCUACUCGUUUUAUUGUCACGUUUUAUUUUCAAAGAUUUGUUUUUGUGUCAUUAUGUAUAAUUUAAAAGCUUUUGAAUAAAUAAAUCAUUGUGUAAGGAUGUUUUUACUUGGAUGGUAAUUUGCUGGUCUGGUCUGAACUGGUCCGGUUUGGUCUGAACUGGUCUGGUCUGGUAAUGUCUGGGCUCUUUGUAUUAUUAUAACUAUCCAAGUCUGGAUUGGUCUCGUCUGAGACAAAUUACAGUCCAAGUAAAAACACCCUAAGUCAAUUUUGAUCAAGUUUAAUGGGAAGUUCCCAUUAAACUUGGUCAAAAUUGACUUGCACAUAAAAUAAUAAUGUAAAAUUGUGGUUGAUAUUUACGUAGAGGAGAGACCGGAAGUUC